UUUUAGCAAAAUAGCGUCUUGUACACUUAGCUCGGAAAUAUUUUUACAUGCUAUGUCGUGAACGAGGACCUUCAUUGUAAGUGAGAAAGUGUGUGUGAGCUCCAGCUGUAGUGAUCCAUCAGAACCUCUGUGUGUCUGAUUGAACUUUUUCCUGAAUGUUUUUCCUCUGACUCAUCACCCGGUAGGCUACAAAUCUAUUGGAGUUAGCUGAGCAUGCUAGCUAGAAACACACUGAUGGGGACGGAAGUUAGCAACAAAGCGCCUGUCAGAGUGACUGUUUGAUGGAGAGCAAACAGUGUUUGGAUGUGGAGACAAAGUCUAAAAUGUCUAAAGCCCAAAUGCUGAGAGCGUUGGUGAAGCAGCGACUAACUGCGGCUGCUGAAGAGAUAUUUGGGCUGUUUGAAAGAACGAUAGCAGAGUACGAGGAGGAACUCUCUAGAUCAAAAGAGGAGAACGAGCGACAACGGAAACUACUGGACGCUGUUUGCAGCCCUCAGCUUCAGUUACACAUAGCAGAGGUCCAGCAGCUGUUGGUGGUUAAAGAAGAGGUUUCCCCUGAGCAGCAGGAGUGGAGCUCCAGUCUGGACCAGGAGGACCCAGAGCCCCCACACAUUAAAGAGGAACAGGAGGGAGAGCAGCUUCAAGGGCUGGAGGAGGCUGGUAUCAAGUUCACACUCACUUCUGUCCCUGUGAAGAGCGAAGAAGAUGAUGCUCAGUCCUCACAGCUUCAUCAAAGACAAAUUGACCAGAUGGAAACAGGAGCUGAUGGAGAGGACUGUGGAGGACCAGAUCCAGAUACACAUUUACAGCUAUAUAGCAGUGAGAAGACCCCACAGCAUCACCAGCAACAAUCUGAAGUCAGUGAUGACUGGAAGGAGACCAGAGAACUUCAGUCAGGUUUGAACUUUCUGAAAAAUGACAGACGGGAUUCCUGUGAGAGACCAUUUUGCUGCUCUGAGUGUGGUAAACGAUUUAACCAAAACUCAAAUCUUAAGACACACAUGAGAACUCACACAGGAGAGAAACCUUUCAGCUGCCCAGUUUGUGGUAAAAGAUUUGGUCAGAAGGCGCACAUGCAGAACCAUUUGAAAUGUCACACGGGAGAAAAACCCUACAGCUGCUCACUCUGUAAUAAAUGUUUUUCACGGUGUGAACAUUUACAGUUACACAUGAGAACCCACACAGGGGAGAAACCAUUCAACUGCAGCAUUUGUGAUGAAAGAUUCACAUGGCUUUAUCAGUUCAAAAAUCACAAGUGUGGCAGUGACUCAUCUCAGCUUCAUGAACUCUGGAGUAGUCAGGAGGGAGAGCAGCUUCAACGGCUGAAGGAAGCUGAGAUCACCAAGUUUCCUUUGACUCCAGUUUCUAUGAAGAGUGAAGACAGUGGACAGAAAGCUCAGUCCUCACAGCUUCAUCAAAGACAAACUGAACAGAUGGAAACAGAUGGAGAGGACUGUGGAGGACCAGAACCAGCCAGGAACUCAGAUGCAGAUGCUCUUUAGUCACAUGGACUGAUAUAUAACUCAUUCAUUGGACAGUUCUAGUGAUGUCAUCCUGAAUUCUUAAGGCUUGUUUGAGAUGAGCUGCAGCUGGUCUUGUAAGACGUAACCGAUCGGGGCGUUAUCAAAAAGCAUGAAGUCCAACAGCUCAGAGAUUGUUUGACUCGACAUGCAAAGGUGGAAAUAGCUGAGAAAGUGGAUGCAAUAGCCUCUGUUACUGUAUGGAGAUGAACACAGUCCAUGACAGUAUCAAUAUAUAUGAGAAAUAUGAUACUAUUUGCUGACUGGUCACUUAAAUUGUGCAAAAGACCUUUGACAUUAUGAGUGUUUUUGUACUAAUACCAGUAAGUCAAAAGCUAUUUAAAUAAAGAUAUAGAAAACAAACAAAAUAUAAUUCAUAAAUAAAAGUGUAAUGGUGCGUUCACAUCAAACAUGAUGCGAGCGCCUUGCGUGGCGAGAUUACAUACAGAGUCAGUGCUAAGAUUGGAAUAUACACCGAUCAGCCAAAACACUAAAAAACACUGACAGGUUACGUGAACAACAUUGAUCAUCUUGUUACAAUGCAAUGUUCUGUUGGGCAACCUUGGGUUCUGACAUUCAUGUGGAUGCCACCAGACACGCUCCACCCACUUGCCAUCAACAAGUGCCAUUGCCAUAAGGGGGUUUACUUGGUCUGCAACGGUGUUCGUGUGGGUGGAGCGCAUCAAGUAGCAUUUACACGAAUGCCACGAUCCAAGGUUUCCUAAUGGAAUAUUGCAUUGUAACAAGAUGAUCAAUGUUAUUCACUUCACUCGCCAGUUGUUUUAAUGUUUUGGCUGAUCUGUGUAUGCAAACAUGCUGGGAGAUGUGAAGACACGAAAUUUGUCGUAGUCACGCAAGUUGAAAUUUCAGCUUGAGCGAGAAAUUUGCGUGCAUGUAUCACAAAAGCCUAUCAAUAACAUCCGCCAUUGCAUGAAUACGGAGCUGAGGAUAAGUGCAGUCGGAGUCUUUUAACACUGUGGUUGUCUUUUCCUAAGUCCUUAUGAAUUCUCUUUUAAAUUUGUCUUGACCUCAUGACGUUUUCCAUCAAUGUCAAGGAAAACUGGUUAGGAAAAGAGAUUUUUUUUUUUUUUUUUUUUUGGCUAUUCGACCGCAGCCAUUGAGUAUAAUCAAUGGGCUCAUUCAGUCACCCCACAACAUGCCAGUUAGAUUUGUGUCUGACUUGAUUCCAACUUGCUCUGACGUCAUGCAAAAGUGGACAAUGAUAUUCUCACGAGAUUGCGGCGGCCAAAGUUUUAGAGCCAGGCACUGCAGCUGCUUUCCACGAACUGCAAGACCCAGAGCAUGAUGGGAAAUGCCUGGCUGUCACUUGAUCUAACAGUUGAUUGGUUUAGAUGAUGACUCAACACUAUGACAUUUUAGAUAAACUUUUCACUUUUGUUAAAUGUCAGAUUUAGAUUCGAUUUGUCUGAUUUGAAGGUUUAUUCUGUUAACAGAGAACAUGCUGUAUGACUGAUGGUGCCUUUUCGUAUUCAGCCUAAAUACAUUCAUCUUAAACUAUACAUAGUAGUCUGUUGUACAUAACAUUCCUCUGUGUUUGAUUAGAAGGUUAAUGUUUUUCAUUUAUUUAUGUAGUUGGACGGUAACAUGUCUGCUCAGCAGAUUUACAUACAGCAGCAAACUGAUAUGAUGCUGUUAUACAUGACAUGUAAAAUGGAGGUUGCACCAUGAACCAGUAAAGCAUUAUACAGUGGUGUGAAAAAGUGUUU